AUGAUUGCGUUUGGAGCAAAGAACGUUACGGAGGAAGAAGUGGUGGCGCGUGGGGUUCACGCUCCUCCGGAUUGGAGGAGGUAUAGAGGUGUGAGGAGACGGCCAUGGGGAAAGUUUGCAGCGGAGAUAAGGGACCCUAUGAGAAAAGGUAUUAGGGUUUGGCUCGGGACAUACGAGACACCUGAGGAUGCUGCAAUGGCUUAUGACCAAGCUGCAUUUAAAAUGCGAGGCUCCCGUGCUAAGCUUAAUUUUCCGCACCUUAUCGGCUCCGAUAAAUCUGAGCCGGUAAGAGUGAGUAUGAGGCAGCGGCGGUCACUAGAGGCUUCAUCAUCAUAUUCUUCGUCGGAAAGUGAAUCCCCAAAGCGGAGGAAAUGCGUGGUUGGGUAG